AUGUCAGAUAGAAAGACCGCAAUUCUUUCUGUGUACGAUAAGACUGGUCUCUUGGACUUAGCCAAGGGUUUGACGGAACAUAAUGUGAGAAUUUUGGCUUCUGGUGGUACUGCUAGAAUGGUUCGUGAAGCUGGGUUCCCAGUGGAAGACGUUUCCACAAUUACACAUGCUCCUGAAAUGCUAGGUGGUAGAGUCAAGACUUUGCAUCCUGCAGUGCACGGUGGUAUCUUGGCUAGAAACCUUGAGUCUGAUGAGAAGGACUUGAAGGAUCAGAACAUUGACAAGGUUGAUUUUGUCGUUUGUAACUUGUAUCCGUUCAAGGAAACUGUGGCCAAGGUUGGGGUUUCCAUUCCAGAAGCUGUGGAAGAAAUCGAUAUCGGUGGUGUUACUUUGUUGAGAGCAGCUGCUAAGAACCAUGCCAGAGUCACUAUUCUUUCCGAUCCAAGAGACUAUGCGCAAUUCUUGCAGGACUUGAAGAAGGGUGAGAUUUCUGCUGACUUGAGAAACAAGUUGGCGUUGAAGGCCUUCGAACAUACUGCUGAUUACGAUACCGCGAUCUCGGACUUUUUCAGAAAGCAGUACUCUGAAAACAAGACGCAAUUGGCGUUGAGAUACGGUGCCAACCCUCACCAAAAGCCAGCGCAAGCGUUUGUUGCUUUGAGGGAGGAAUUGCCAUUCAAGGUCUUGUGCGGUUCUCCAGGGUACAUCAACUUGUUGGACGCCUUGAACUCGUGGCCAUUGGUGAAGGAGUUGUCUGCUUCGUUGAACUUGCCAGCAGCAGCUUCGUUCAAGCACGUCUCGCCAGCUGGUGCUGCAGUGGGACUACCAUUGACCGAUGUCGAAAAGCAAAUUUACUUCGUUGCUGAUAUCGAGAACUUGUCCCCAUUGGCGUGUGCCUACGCUAGGGCCCGUGGUGCUGAUAGAAUGUCUUCAUUUGGUGACUGGAUUGCCUUGUCGAACAUUGUCGAUGUGCCAACCGCCAAGAUCAUCUCUCGUGAAGUUUCCGACGGUGUUAUUGCCCCAGGUUACGAACCAGAAGCUCUAGAGAUCCUAUCCAAGAAGAAGAACGGUAAGUACUGCAUCUUGCAAAUCGAUCCAAACUACACCCCAGACCAAAUGGAGUCCAGACAAGUGUACGGUGUCACAUUACAACAAAAGAGAAACGACGCCAUCAUAAAUAAAUCUUCCUUCAAGGAAAUAGUCUCCCAAAACAAGGAUUUGCCAGAACAAGCCGUGAUCGACUUGACUGUCGCCACAAUCGCUCUAAAGUACACUCAAUCCAACUCUGUCUGUUACGCCAAGAACGGUAUGGUUGUCGGUUUGGGUGCUGGUCAACAAUCUAGAAUCCACUGUACCAGAUUGGCUGGUGACAAGGCCGACAACUGGUGGUUGAGACAACACCCUAGAGUGCUAGGCUUCAAGUGGGCCAAGGGUGUCAAGAGACCAGAAAAGUCCAACGCCAUUGACUUGUUUGUCACUGGCCAAAUCCCAACAGAAGAACCAGAAAAGUCAGAUUACGAAUCCAAGUUCGAGACCAUUCCUGAACCAUUGACUGCUGAGGAAAGAAAGGCUUGGUUGUCGAAGUUGACCAACGUCGCUUUGUCCUCUGAUGCCUUCUUCCCAUUCCCAGACAAUGUCUACAGAGCUGUCAGAUCCGGUGUCAAGUACAUCGCUGCCCCAAGCGGUUCUGUCAUGGACAAGGCUGUUUUCAGUGCUGCCGACUCCUUCGACUUGGUUUACGUCGAAAACCCAAUCCGUUUGUUCCACCACUAG